AUGAGUGGUUCCCACCUCCGCCAGCACCAGUCGGCCCAGCCUGCAUUCAACGCCCUUUCCCCGGACAAAGACGCAGACAUGCCGCUACAGAGAAGGACCUCGCCGAGGACGCGCCGUGGAAGAAGAUCCAACAGAACACGUUCACCCGCUGGUGUAACGAGCAUCUGAAAUGCGUCAACAAACGGAUCGCCAAUCUCCAGACGGACCUGGGUGACGGGCUGCGGCUGAUCGGACUCCUCGAGGUGUUGAGCCAGAAGAAGAUGUUCAGGAAAUACAACCAGCGGCCCACCUUCCGACAGAUGCAGCUCGAGAACGUCUCGGUGGCGCUCGAGUUCCUAGACAAGGAGAACAUCAAGCUGGUGUCUAUAGGUGGGUCAAAAAGUUCUACUGUAACGUUAUAUCAUGCUGGUGUUGAUAGGAGGGUGACUGUUCAUUCAAGUGUAGCCUUCCCUACCAUAUAGGUGGGUGGAACCGUUAGGCUACUGUAGACUCCAAUAAUACUCCGUAGUUAGGCUGCUAUAGAUAGACCUACUGUGGGCUACUUUACAUCCAGCAGCGGUCCAUAGAUUGGUCUAAAAGGUACUGUAGUAGGCUACUCUAUUGACCGAGGUAUAAACAUCAAGCGGGGCGAUUCCACGCCAGUGUGAUCCGAAAAUAUUUUUGGUAUCGGAUUGUUCUGGCAAUUCUCACAGACACUUAAUUGGGAGGAAUGCAUUUUACAUUUGUAUCACAAACCAUUUUUGAGAACCAUAAUGCAAUGGCGAUUUUAAGCUCCUUUUAGACCCAUACGUGCCUCCUGUAAGACCCUAUGAUCAUUGAACCGUAUGGAGUUACUUUUGUGCCGUUAAUAUCACGCAGAACUUCUGAAGUCGAGAACAAAAUGUAAUAUUUCAAACAAAAAUAAUGAUAUUGAAAGUAUAACAUAAACCCAAGGUACUGAAAUAAAUAAAUAACAAUGCAAGGAAAUAAUCAUAUUGUAAAUGAUCAAAAGCCUCCCUCUUUGCCUGCAUUGUCCCUGUCUUUGGUUGUCACCCUGGCCUUUGCUGCCUUUUUUUUGCGGUUGCACGUUUUUUUCAUUCAUUCCAGCAGAAAUACCACCUGGCAUCCCACUGCUGGUUUGCCUCUGAAGCUAGGCAGGGUCGGUCCUGGUCAGGCUCUGGAUGGGAGAUGACUGAGUAGAGCGACCAGUUUAGGAGAUAGUAGUCAAGUAAAGAUGUGGAAGCUUGUAUCUGUCAAUUGAUCAGUGUCCAGUGCCUGUGGUUGAGCUAGUGUUGUUCCUACAGUAGGCUUGGCGGUAGGCUAUAUGCUACAGUAGGCUAGGCUAAUGCUAUAUGCUACAGUAGGCUAAUGCUAUAUGCUACAGUAGGCUAGGCUAAUGCUAUAUGCUACAGUAGGCUAAUGCUAUAUGCUACAGUAGGCUAGGCUAAUGCUAUAUGCUACAAUAGGCUAGGCUAAUGCUAUAGGCUGACUGAUGGGAACAGCAGUGUGUGUACUGAGCUGAGCUAGCCGGAACGGUACGCAAUAACGACAUACAGUUACGCAAAACUGCCCCUGCCCCCUGUAGAAUGACUUCUGCCUGUAGUUUAGGAGUUGGGACAUUCUUCAUUUUGAAUCACAGGAUUAUCUGUGGUGGUGGAGAAAGGAGAGGGUCAAAUACAUAUGUAUGGGUAGACAAUGAUAGAUGUGCAGAUACAGAAUGGCUAGAACAUGUUAUGUGAAAGAACUGCUCCUCUAACCAGGGUUGAUCAACUAGAUGUCUUUUUUCUUCAGCGGAUGGUGGGAGGGCCGGAACAUAAUUACAAAUAAUUUGUAGACUGCAAAUUGACCGCAAGAAGCGCAAACGAUCACGUGUCUCUCUAUUAUGUGUGGGAAUACUUGGAAACAGAUUGCUUAAAUUAAAAUAACUUGGAGCUGAUUUCCUGGUGUUUUUACAGUCUUAUGUCUAACAAUGAAAAUUCCACAAUAAAAAAAAGAGUAUAUAUAGAUAUAUAAUUUUUGGCUCAGAGGACUUGGGGGGCCAAAUAAAACCAAGCGCGCCGCCAGUUGGGGAACCCUGACCUACACCCUGUUACUACAGCACCUCUAGCCCUGUAGCCCCUCUAGCCCUGUAGCCCUGUCAUCCCCUCUAAGGCCCUGUAUCACCCUCUAGCCCAUGAUCCCCUCUAGCCCUGUAGCACCUCUAGCCCUGUAGCCCCUCUAAACCUGUAGCCCUCUAAGCCCGCUAGCCCCUAGCCCUCUAGCCCGGUAGCCCCUCUAGCCCGAGCCCCUCUAAGCCCGUGUGCCCCUCUAGCCCUGUAGCCCCUCUAAGAACCCUUUUCCCCUCUAUCCCUGUGUCCCUCUACCCUGUACACCUCUAGUCCCUGUAGUCCCUCUAGCCCUGUAUCCCUGUAGCCCCUCGAGCCCUGUAGCCCUCUAGCCCCUUAGCCCUGUAGCAACCUUCUCGCCCGGUACCCUCCUAGCCUGUAGAAGCCCCCUCUAGCCCUGUACCCCUCUAGCCCCGUAGCCCUCUAGCCCUGACCCUCAGCCCCGACCCCUCUGCCCUGUAGCCCCUCUAAACCCGAGCCCCUAGCCCUGAGCCCUCUAGCCCUGUAGCCCCUCUAGCCCUGUAGCCCUGUAGCCCCUCUAGCCCUGUAGCCCUGUAGCCCCUCUAGCCCUGUAGCCCCUCUAGCCCUGUAGCCCCUCUAGCCCUGUAGCCCUGUAGCCCCUCUACCCUGUUCCCCUCUAGCCCUGUAGCCCUUAGCCCUUAGCCCUCUAGCCCUUAGCCCCCCCUAGCCCUGUAGCCCCUCUAGCCCUGUAGCCCUGUAGCCCCUCUACCCUAGCCCUGUAGCCCCUCUAGCCCUGUAGCCCUGUAGCCCCUCUAGCCCUGUAGCCCCUCUAGCCCCGUAGCCCCUCUAGCCCUGUAUCCCUAGCCCUGUAGCCCUUUGCCUGUAGCCCCCUCUAGCCCCCGUAGCCCCUCUAGCCCUGUAGCCUCUGUAGCCCUGUAGCCCCUCUAGCCUUAGCCACCCUCCCCAGCCCUGGGAGCCCCUCUAGCCCUGUAGCCCCUCUAGCCCCUUAGCCCCUCUAGCCCUUAGCCCUGUACCUCCCUCAGCCCUGUAGCCCCUGUAGCCUGUAGCCCCCCCUAGCCCUAGCCCCCUAGCCCUGUAGCCCCUCUAGCCCCGUAGCCCCUGUAGCCCUGUAGCCCUGUAGCCCGUCCCCUAGCCCUGUAGCCCCUCUACCCGUGCCCCCCCUAGCCCGUACCCCUCUACCCUGUAGCCCCCUCUAGCCCUGUAGCCCUCUAAGCCCCCUUAGCCCCUCUCCUAAGCCCUUGCCCCUCUAGCCCUGUAGCCCUUAGCCCCUUAGCCCUGUGCCCCUGUAGCCCCCCUAGCCCUGUACCCCUCUAGCCCUGUAGCCUUUAGCCCCCCUAGCCCUGUAGCCCCUGACCCUGUAUCCCUUAGACCUAAGCCUGUACCCCUCUAGCCCCGGAGCCCCGUACCCCUCUAGCCCUGUACCCCCGUACCCCUCUAGCCCUGUAGCCCCUCUAGCCCUGACCCUCUACCCUGUAGCCCCCCUAGCCCUGUAACCUCUAGCCCCCUGUAGCCCCUCUAGCCCUUAGCCUGUAGCCCCCUACCCUGUAGCCCCUCCCCUUUGCCCUUAGCCCUCUAGCCCCUCUUACCCUGUACCCCUCUACCCUGUAGCCCCUCUAGCCUGUAGCCCCCCUAGCCCUGUAGCCCUGUAGCCCCUCUAGCCCUGUAGCCCUCUAGCCCUGUAGCCCCUCUAGCCCUGUAGCCCCUCUAGCCCUGUAGCCCCUCUAGCCCUCUAGCCCUGUAGCCCCUCUAGCCCUGUAGCCCUGUAGCCCCUCUAGCCCUGUAGCCCCUUAGCCUGAGCCCCUCUGCCCUGUUAGCCCCUCUAGCCCUGUAGCCCCUCUAGCCCUGUAGCCCCUCUAGCCCUUUUAGCCCCUCUAGCCCUGGUAGCCCCCUCAGCCCUGUAAGCCCCUAGCCCUUAGCCCUGUAGCCCUCUAGCCCCGUACCGCCCCUCUACCCUCAGCCUGUGCCCUCUAGCCCUGUAGCCCCUCUAGCCCUGUAGCCCUCUAGCCCUGUAGCCCCUCUAGCCCUGUAGCCCCUCUAGCCCUGUAGCCCCUCUAGCCCUGUAGCCCCUCUAGCCCUGUAGCCCCUCUAGCCCUGUAGCCCCAUCAGCCCCUUAAGGCCCUCUACCCUGUAGCCCCCCCUUAGCCCGUAAACCCCCCUAGCCUGUAGCCCUGUAGCCCCUCUACCCCGUAGGCCCCUCUAACCCUGUAGCCCCUCUAGCCCUGUAGCCUUAGCCCUGUAGCCCCCUAGCCCUUGUAGCCCCUCUAGCCCUUUGCCCCCCCCUAGCCCUGUAGCCCCUCUAGCCCGGGAGCCCUCUAGCCCGUAGCCCCUCUAGCCUGAGCCCUGUAGCCCCCCUAGGCCCUGUAGCCCUGUGCCCCUUAGCCCUGUAGCCCCUCUAGCCCUGUUAGCCCCUCGCCCUGUGCCCCUCUAGCCCUGUACCCCUCUACCCGACCCUAGCCCUGUAGCCCCUCUAGCCCUGUAGCCCCUCUAACCCUGGGAGCCCUUUGCGGGAGCCCCUUAACCCUUAGCCCCUUAGCCCUUACCCCUCUAGCCCUGUAGCCCCUCUAGCCCUGUAGCCCCCCUAGCCCCCUAGCCCUGUAGCCCCUCUAGCCCUGUAGCCCCUCUACCCUGUAGCCCCUUCUAGCCCCUAGCCCCUCUAGCCCUGAGCCCCUCUAGCCCUGUAGCCCUUAGCCUGUAGCCCCUUAGCCCUUAUCCCCUUAGCCCUGUAGCCCCUCUAGCCCUGUGCCCUCAGCCCUGUAGCCCCUCUAGCCCGUAGCCCCUCUAAACCCUGUAGCCCCCUUCCCUCUAGCCCCCUCUAGCCCUGUAGCCCGUAGCCCCUCUAGCCCUGUAGCCCCCGUAUCCCUCUAGCCCUGUUUGCCCCCGUAGCCCUCUAGCCCUGUAGCCCCUCUCCCAGCCCUGUAGCCCCCCCUAGCCCUGUAGCCCCCUGUAGCCCUGUAGCCCCUGUAGCCCCCUGUAGCCCCUCUAGCCCUGUAGCCCCGUAGCCCCCUCUAGCCCUGUAGCCCCUUUCCCUUAGCCCUUACCCUCUAGCCCCCCUUUGCCCUCUAGGGCCCCGUAGCCCUCUACCUUUGCCCUGUAGCACUUAAGCCCUGUACCCCCUCUAGCCCGUAGCCCCUGUGCCCCUCUAAGCCCUGUACCCCUUAGCCCCUUAGCCCUGUAGCCCCUCUAGCCCUUACCUGUAGCCCCUCUAACCCUGUAGCCCCCUAGCCCUUAAACCCUCUAGCCCGUAGCCCCGUAGGGCCCCCCUAGCCCUGUAGCCCCUCUAGCCUGUAGCCCUCUAGCCCUGUAGCCCCUCUAGCCCUGUAGCCCCUCAGCCCCUCUAGCCCUGUAGCCCCUCUAGCCCCUAGCCCUUAGCCCGUCCUGUAGCCCUGAGCCCUCUCCGUAAACCCCUCUAGCCCUGUAGCCCCUCUAGCCCUGUAGCCCCUCUAGCCCUGUACCCGACCCUAGCCCUUAGCCCCUCUAGGCCCUUUUAGCCCUCUAGCCUUACCCUCAGCCCCUCUAGCCCUGUAGCCCCUUAGCCCUGUAGGCCCCCCUAACCCUCUAGCCCCUGGUAGCCCCUCUAGCCCUGUAACCCACCCGAGCCCCGGUAGCCCUGUAGCCCUGAGCCCCUCUAGGCCUGUAGCCCUUAGCCCUGUAGCCCCUUAGCCUGAUGCCCCUUGCCCUUCCCUUAGCCCGUAGCCCUUGGCCCCGUAGCCCGUUAGCCCGUACCUGUAGCCCCUGUAGCCCCUGUAGCCCUCUAACCGUAGCCCCUUAACCCGGGACCCCUUUUAAGCCCUUAGCCCCCCUACCUGUAGACCCUCUAGGUGCCCCUUUGUAGCCCCUCAGCCCUUGUUUGCCCUCUAGCCUGUAGCCCUCUGCCUUGCCCCUGUAGCCCCUCUAGCCCUGGCCCUGUACCCUCAGCCCCGUAGCCCCUCUAGCCCUGAGCCCCUCUAGGACCUUACCCUAGCCCCUCUAGCCCUUGACUUUGCCCCUUUAGCCCCCCCUGAGCCCUAGGCCUGUAGCCCCUCUAGCCUGUAGCCCCUCUAGCCCUGUAGCCCCUCUAGCCCCCUGUAGACCUGAGCCCUUAGCCCUUACCCUGUAGGGCCCCUCUAGCCCUGUGCCCCUCUAGCCUGAAACCACCCCCUUAUCCUGUAGCCUGUAGCCCGUAGCCCCUCUAGUGAAACUUGGGUUAAGAGCCUGUAUCAACCCUGACCCCUUACUAGCCGUAGCCCCGCCCUCAGCCCUUUGUGGAGCCCCCAGCCUGUUAGGUCUUAGUGUAGCCCCUUGCUUGUAUUAGCCCCGCCCUUAGCCCCUUUUUAGUUUAGCCGUGCCCUUGUGCCCUCUAGUCCCGUGGCCCCAGCCCUUUAAGGGUCUAGCCCUGUCCCCUUAGCCUGAGUUUUGCCGGCCCCUAGCCUUAGCCCUCUAGCCCCUUAGUGGGGGCCCCUUAGCCCCCUUGUGUAGCCCUUCGUAACCCCUCUAGUGUAGCCCCGCUAGCCCCUCUACCUUGUUAGCCCUUUUAGGCCCCUUUGCCUUAUCCCUCUGCCGGGACCCUCUGCCGUAGCCCUCUGCAUGUACCCCUCUUAGCCCGUGCCUCUGCCCGUAGCCCUGUAUCCCUCUAAACCUUAAAGGCCCCUUAGCUGUAUGCCUCCAGCCGUAACCUUAGUUUGCCCCUUGCCUGUAUCCCCCCUCUAAAGCCCUGUACCCCAGUUUAUCCCCCCCCGCCCUGAGGAAGCCUGUAGCCCAUUACCCCCUUUCAUUGUGUACCUAGUCGACUUAUUUUAAGUGAACCUUGUUGCCCUCACCCGGGCCCCGUUCAUGCCAGCCCCUCACCCUCCCCAGCCCGAUGUAAUUAAUGGCCCCUUCCGGUCUGCCUAGACCCCAGUGACCUCUAUGUAGUGUAUUACCCUCUGAACCCCCCAGCCCUCUAGUUAAGAGAAAUCUUUAGUGAAGCCCUCACCGUCCCCUAGCCCUUAGCUGAGCCGUAGCCUCUAGCCUGAGACCCUUAGUGGGACCCUUUUAGCCUUAUCUAGAUGUGGCCCUUAAGCGGAGGGAGGGGCCCUUUUAGCCCCUUUAGGCCCCCCGGGUUUACCUUACCACCUUAGUUACCCUCUUAGUAUUGUACAGUCCUUGAUCAGGAGGUAAUGUUACCUUGGUUGGAAAUUGGUUUUCCGAUUUGGAUGUGACCCCCAAAUGGAUUCAGGGAAAGGGUUUCAUUGGUAUUCAGGAGGGGCCAUUUAUCCAUCUUAUUAUUGGAGGGGGGGUUGGGGCCGUUGGGGUUAAUUUGACAUGCAUUAGUGAAUCUAGGCGUCCGCAUGCUUCCCAGCCGAAACAGUUCUUAAGAGUUUGUGCAUAUGUUAUGAUGACAUUUUGUAUAGUUUUUAUUCCUUUUGGACUUUUUUCUAGAGGCACGCCAAAGUCUGUAGCUGAAGUCUACACCCCUUCAUUGUUGAUUGGUCAACAGUAGGGAUUCUUCAGUGAAGUCUUUGUUGUCAUUCAACAAGAGACGACUCGUUUUCAUGAACAUCUCUUCAUGGAGAAAUACUGCACCAAACAGCUGAGUUAAUGUAAAAUUGUGCAAAAACGUCAAGAAAUCUGUCAUGAAUGAUCUUAGAUUAAUUCUGACUAUUUUGAUGAAGUGUAUUACUACGCCGUCUCAAUGGACAAACCAUAUUAUUGCUGCUUUUUUCUUCUUCUUGUUUUGCAAGCGAAGGUCUUUUAAGGGAGUAUGCGACUCAUUCGGUUCCCCUAGCCGAGUUCUGCCAGGCGCUAGCCGUACUGAAGCAUGCAGACGCCUUUAGUGGGAUCGUCCUCUGAGGGGACUCAUUAUUCUAACGGCUCCUGUUGAGUCACAUGAUCCAAUCUGGAGAGGAGAGGAGACUUUCUUCACUUCCUCCUUUCACAUAAGGACCACACCCUUCCAUCUAACCACAUCUCACUCUCUCUCUCGCAUUCUCUCAAGUUUCAACUUUUAUUAGUAGUAUGUACAGGAUACACAUGGUAUACGCAUGGUAUACGCCGUCCAACCAAAUGCUUACUUGCAGGUUCCUUCUGGACAACAAUAAGAAAUAAUACCAUAUAAGAAUAGGAACAUAAAGUAAAUGGAUCAGUAGAACAGAAUAAAUGUUUUAGCAUCAGUAUAAUACAGGAAGGAACCAUUUAUAGUCCAAUAUUUACAAAACUAAUUGGAGAAGGGGGGGGCAGUGUAUAUACUGAGAGGUGUAAAACGUAUGGUCACAGCAGUUGUGAUGUGUGCGUGUGUGUGCGUGCGCGCGUGUGUGCGCGUGUGUGUGUGCGUGUGCGUGCGCGUGCGUGCGCGUGCGUGUGUGUGUGUGUGUGUGUGUGUGUAUGUGGUGGUCAGUUCAAGUGUUCAUCAAUCUAAUGACUUGUAGAUAGAAACUGAGUGAACAGCUCGUGUCUGGGGUCCUUGAUGAUGCUGCGGGCCUUCCUCAGACACCGUUUAGAGUACAUCUCCUGGAUGGGUGGGAGCACGGUCCCAGAGAUGUCCUGGAUGGGUGAGAGCACGGUCCCAGUGAUGUCCUGGAUGGGUGAGAGCACGGUCCCAGUGAUGUCCUGGAUGGGUGGGAGCACGGUCCCAGUGAUGUCCUGGACGGGUGGGAGCACGGUCCCAGUGAUGUCCUGGAUGGGUGGGAGCACGGUCCCAGUGAUGUCCUGGAUGGGUGGGAGCACGGUCCCAGUGAUGUCCUGGAUGGGUGGGAGCAUGGUCCCAGGGAUGUCCUGGAUGGGUGGGAGCACGGUCCCAGUGAUGUCCUGGAUGGGUGGGAGCACGGUCCCAGUGAUGUCCUGGAUGGGUGGGAGCACGGUCCCAGUGAUGUCCUGGAUGGGUGAGAGCACGGUCCCAGUGAUGUCCUGGAUGGGUGGGAGCACGGUCCCAGUGAUGUCCUGGAUGGGUGGGAGCACGGUCCCAGUGAUGUCCUGGAUGGGUGGGAGCAGGGUCCCAGUGAUGUCCUGGAUGGGUGGGAGCACGGUCCCAGUGAUCUCCUGGAUGGGUGGGAGCAGGGUCCCAGUGAUCUCCUGGAUGGGUGAGAGCACGGUCCCAGUGAUGUCCUGGAUGGGUGAGAGCACGGUCCCAGUGAUGUCCUGGAUGGGUGAGAGCACGGUCCCAGUGAUGUCCUGGAUGGGUGAGAGCACGGUCCCAGUGAUGUCCUGGAUGGGUGAGAGCACGGUCCCAGGGAUGUAAGCGGUAGUAUUUGGAGAGGACCUGGAGCUGCAUGCCAACUUUCUUCAGCCGCCUUAGGAAGUAGAGACUCUGUUGCUCCCUCUUGACCAGAGUGGUGGUGUUGGCCCGUGACAAGUCCUUGGUGAUAUGGACGCCGGGGCAUGUUCCCUCUGCUUCCUGGUUGGUGUCCUGACACCACAGAGCUUACAGGGAGGAGGUAAGAGAACUGGCAGACUCGUUGUUGGUUAUCAGACAUAUAACCGUGGUGUCGUCAGGAAACUUAAUGAUUGUGUUGAUGUGCAGUCGAACAGGGAGUACAGCGGUAUGCUCUUUCUCUCAUGUUAAAUAUAUAUAUAUAUUUAACAGGUAGGGCCCUACAAAAUCUUUUCUUCUUUCCCAAAUUCCAUUUAGUUUUUUCAGGUUUUCGCUCUCAAAAUCACACUUUUGGAAAACACUCUCUCUGUUUCUACUCUCUCUCCUUCUCCCUACUCUCUCUCUCCUUCUCCCUACUCUCUCUCUCCUUCUCCCUACUCUCUCUCUCUCUCUCUCUCUCUCUCUGUCAUUCAUCUGUCCCAUCUGUCCCUGACAGGGGUUUGGAUAUUAAAGCAACAGGACAAAUGAGUUGACCUGGUAACCUACACUAUAUAUACAGAACUAUGUGGACACCCCAAAUGGGUGGAUUCGGCUAUUUCAGACACACCUGUUGCUGACAGGUGAAGAACAUCGAGCACACAGCCAUGCAAUCUCCAUAGACAAACAUUGGCAGUAGAAUGGCCUUACUGAAGAGCUCAGUGACUUUCAACGCGGCACCGUCAUAGGAUGCCACUUUUCCAACAAGUCAGUUCGUCAAAUUUCUGCCCUGCUAGAGCUGCCCUGGUCAACUGUAAGUGCUGUCAUUGUGAAGUAGUAGACCACACAAGCUCACAGAACGGGACCGCCAAGUGCUGAAGCGCAUAAAAAUUGUCUGUCUUCGGUUGCAACACUCACUACUGAGUUCCAAACUGCCUCUGGAAGCAACGUCAGCACACAAACUGUUCGUUGGGAGCUUCAUGAAAUGGGUUUCCAUGGCAGAGCAGCCGCACACAAGCCUAAGAUCACCAUGCGCAAUGCCAAGCGUUGGCUGGAGUGACGUAAAGCUUGCCGCCAUUGGACUCUGGAAACAUAUUCUUUGGAGUGAUGAAUCAAGCUUCACCAUCUGGCAGUCCGACGGAUGAAUCUGGGUUUGGCAGAUGCCAGGAGAACGCUUCCCGCCCCAAUGCAUAGUGCCAACUGUAUAGUUUGGUGAAGGAGGAAUAAUGGUCUGGGGGUGUUUUUCAUGGUUCGGGCUAGGCCCCUUAGUUACAGUGAAGGGACAUCUUAACGCUACAGCAUACAAUGACAUUCUAGACGAUUCUGUGCUUCCGACUUUGUGGCAACAAUUUAAUGAAGGCCCUUUCCUGUUUCAGCAUGACAAUGCCCCUGUGCACAAAGCGAGGUCCAUACAGAAAUGGUUUGUUGAGAUCGGUGUGGAAGAACUUGACUGGCCUGCACAAAGCCCUAACUUCAACCCCAUAAAACACCUUUGGGAUGAAUUGGAACGCCGACUGCGAGCCAGGCCUAAUCGCCCAACAUCAGUGUCCGACCUCCCUAAUGCUCUUGUGGCUGAAUGGAAGCAAGUCCCCGCAGCAAUGUUCCAACAUCUAGUGGAAAGCCUCCCCAUUAAUGGCCAUGAUUUUGGAAUGAGAUGUUUGAUGAGCAGGUGUCCACAUACUUAAUGACUUUUUGUCCUUAAGCCAUUUUGCCACAACUUUGGAAGCAUGCUUGGGGUCAUUGUCCAUUUGGAAGACCCAUUUGCGACCAAGCUUUAACUUCCUGACUGAUGUCUUGAGAUGUUGCUUCAAUAUAUCCACAUAAUUUUCCUUUCUCAUGAUGCCAUCUAUUUUGUGAAGUGCACCAGUCCCUCCUGCAGCAAAGCACCCCCACAGCAUGAUGCUGCCACCCCCGUGCUUCACGGUUGGGAUGGUGUUCUUCGGCUUGCAAGCAACCCCCUUUUUCCUCCAAACAUAAUGAUGGUCAUUAUGGCCAAACAGUUCUAUUUUUGUUUAAUCAGACCAGAGGACAUUUCUCCAAAAAGUACGAUCUUUGUCCCCAUGUGCAGUUGCAAACCAUAGUCUGGCCUUUUUUAUGGCGGUUUUGGAGCAGUGGCUUCUUCCUUGCUGAGUGGCCUUUCAGGUUAUGUCGAUAUAAGACUCGUUUGACUGUGGAUAUAGAUACUUUUGUACCUGUUUCCUCCAGCAUCUUCACAAGGUCCUUUGCUGUUGUUCUGGGAUUGAUUUGCACUUUUCGCACCAAAGUACGUUCAUCUCUAGGAGACCGAACGUGUCUCCUUCCUGAGCGGUAUGACGGCUGCGUGGUCCCAUGGUGUUUAUACUUGCGUACUAUUGUUUGUACAGAUGACGUGGUACCUUCAGGCGUUUGGAAAUUGCUCCCAAGAAUGAACCAGACUUGUGGUGGUCUACAAUUUUUUCCUGAGGUCUUGGCUGAUUUCUUUAGAUUUUCCCAUGAUAUCAAGCAAAGAGGCACUGAGUUUGAAGGUAGGCCUUGAAAUACAUCCACAGGUACACCUCCAAUUGACUCAAAUGAUGUCAAUUAGCCUAUCACAAGCUUCUAAAGCCAUGACAUCAUUUUCUGGAAUUUCCAAGCUGUUUAAAGGCACAGUCAACUUAGUGUAUGUGAACUUCUGACCACUGGAAUUGUGAUACAGUGAAUUAUAAGUGAAAUAAUCUGUCUGUAAACAAUUGUUGGAAGAAUGGCUUGUCAUGCACAAAGUAGAUGUCCUAACCGACAAACUAUAGUUUGUUAACAAGACAUUUGUGGAGUGGUAGAAAAACAAGUUUUAAUGACUCCAACCUAAGAGGAUGUAAACUUCCGACUUCAACUGUAUGUGUUUAUCUGCAACAUGUUCCAUAAAGCCUCCGUUGGGAUGUCUCCUCUCUCUGAGGAAUGUGGGUGUGUCAGGGGGGGUGUUUUCCAUUCCCCCCAGUUCUAUUGCACUUGGCCUGGCAGUCUGUGUGUGAGGAGAGGCAGUGAUGAUGAACGGUGUAUAUUUGAAACAAGAUCGGACAGGCUGAUAUGUCAGAAAAUGUCAUUUCCAAUUGUGUUUAAGACUCCUCUCCUCACAAAUGUACUUCGACACCUAAGAGGCACAGAUCCACCUUGUGUGUGUGUGUAAAGUCUGUUAGAUUAGACUUCUUAGCUUCAUUUAGAAGCGUGAGUGAGGAUGUUAAGGUUAUUGCAAUCCCCACUCCUUUGAUCUACGUGCACGGGGCGGAGUGGGAUCUCUGGAGCAGCGGACACGUUUUGCUGUCAUGAUAUCAUCGCCGGUCCAACUCCCAUUUACAAGGGGGUGAUAGCAAAGUGUGUAUAUAUACAGUACCAGUCAAAGUUUGGACACCUACUAAUUUUUUCUUUAUUUUUACUAUUUUCUACAUUGUAGAAUAGUAGUGAAGACAUCAAAACUAUGAAAUAACACAUAUGGAAUCAUGUAGUAACCAAAACAGUGUUAAACAAAUCAAAAUAUAUUUGAGAUUCUUCAAAGUAGCCACCCUUUGCCUUGACAGCUCUGCACACUCUUGGCAUUCUCAAAAUAGUUUACUCAUCAGAUUGCUCUGCUUUCCCCUCUUGUAUAAAUUGUUCAGGAAUCCCAUUCAUAAUUAAAUAAAAUGCCCUGGCAAAUAUUAUUCUACUUGCCAGUUUAACCUACAACAUUAUCCUGAUUUUGAUAUGCUGCUUCAAUGUAUUCCCAUAUCAGUUCAAAAUAAAUAGUCAUGGAGGGGGAAAAAAGCACCUGGCUGACUAAAACGGAUGAUUUUGUUUUUAGCUAAACUAUUUCGAACUGGAAUAAAUGCUGCACUUAUUAACAAUGACACACAAUUCCAGUCAAAAUAUAAGAUUGUAAGAUAUACUGUAUCCUACAAUGACUAUAUCAACCCAACUCCAUUUGUUGUCACUCAUGUAUCCCAAAGGUUUCCAAACUUGUUGACCCGGGACCCCCAAACAGGAGUGUGCACAAUCGCUGAGCAAAUGUAGCCUGUCUGCUCAUUAGUUGUUGGAAAUAACAUUUAACAUUUUCCAUGACAACGUGAAGCCUCAAAUAGAAUUUAUAACAAAGUCAAAAGCAAACAUUUAGCUGUUAGCUAGGCAAGUUGUGGUUGGAAUUGCAGGAUGAAUUUAGACGUGCGUUUAGCAACUUUUAACAGACUGGUUUCAUCUGGACAAAAAUGCUUAGCAACCAGAUACCAACGUGUUCUGUGGAGAGAAGUGGUAGUUUAAAUAUUUGCAUAAUCGUUGUGAUUUGGAGGAUAGCUGUGAGGGUGAUCGAAUCAGGAUCAAAUCCUCUGUUUUCCUCACUCAUUUAAUGACGAUAGAAUGUUUUAUAUUUGAAGAUUUGCAGUCUCUGGCACAUGACAUGGAGUAGCUAGGUAUAUAUAUACAUCACUAGGUAGCUAAAGAGACUAGUACCCAGGCUAAGGGAUAUAGUGCUGUCACUGAUCUAAUGGAAUUCUCUGCACGGCCAUCCCUGUGAUUGCUGGAAGCAUGUUUGUCUGCAGGCAUCAUUUGGAAGUGUGGAAGCAUGUUCUGUGCACCGGGCCAUCACUUGGAUGGUGGAAGCAGUUCUGUCUGACCAUCACUGUAGCUGAGACUGUACCAGGAUCAAUGUGGAUUGGUGGAAGCAUGUUCUUCUGCACCGGGCAUCACUGGAUUGGCUGGGAAGCAUGUUCUGUCUGCACCGGGCCAUCACUGUGGAUUGGCUGGGAAGCAUGUUCUGUCUGCACCGGGCCAUCAUGUGGAUUGGCUGGAAGCAUGUUCGUGUCUGCACCGGCCAUCACUGUGGAUUGGCUGGGAAGCAUGUUCUGUCUGCACCGGGCCAUCACUGUGGAUUGGCUGGGAAGCAUGUUCUGUCUGCACCGGGCCAUCACUGUGGAUUGGCUGGGAAGCAUGUUCUGUCUGCACCGGGCCAUCACUGUGGAUUGGCUGGGAAGCAUGUUCUGUCUGCACCGGGCCAUCACUGUGGAUUGGCUGGGAAGCAUGUUCUGUCUGCACCGGGCCAUCACUUUGGAUUGGCUGGGAAGCAUGUUCUGUCUGCACCGGGCCAUCACUGUGGAUUGGCUGGGAAGCAUGUUCUGUCUGCACCGGGCCAUCACUGUGGAUUGGCUGGGAAGCAUGUCCUGUCUGCACCGGGCCAUCACUGUGGAGGGCAGCCUGCCUGCAGAGUGCUCGUUGCAAGAUGGGUAGCCCUGUUCUUCCUCACAAAUAUCGUAAUAAAUUAGCGAGAAUAUGUUACAUCUCCAUCCCAUAAUAUCGAAGUUAUACAGCCAUCCAAACUAGGCCUAUAUGAAAAAUGAUGAAUCACAUUUCCAGGUAGCCUAUUGUUCUGGCUAAGAUGAGUCCGUAGUAGAUUACCAAACUGUAUUGAUGAUAAAAAUAGUCUUAGCCAGGCAAAACUGGAGGAAAUGAAAUGGGUUCUUUCUGGUCACUAAUCUGGAUAUGUGUCUUUGCUGAUGACUGGUAAACGAUCAAGACGCACAACUUUUUGGUUCUGAAGCAUAGAUGAGAAUUUGGUUUAUCAAUCCACUCCUAUCAUACAAAGGUUUUACUGUGCGUGAAGUUUCAAAUGCAUUCUGUCAUUACUAAAUUUGUAAUGUGAUAGGUAUUUUAACAUGACUAUUUUUAUAACAGAACAUUUGAUUUAAUAAAAUAUUGAAUCUGUCUUCCUUAAAUGAAGGGGAUGAUGACGCAAUCUUUGCGAGAUGGAGGUUAUCUGAUUUCAUUGGUCCUCAACCCGCAGCUAAGACACUUCACUCAGGAUAAAUGGAGUGAGCCCAGAGUUAGCCUGCCCCGGAGCAGGUUAGUUCUGAAGGAUUCGUUGCCAUAGAAAUGUACCUGGCUAAAAGGUGAGCCACAUUCGUCUGACCAGUUUUACCGAGUUGAACUCAGUUGACCAAAGGUCCAAACCUGAUUGAUAGUACAGGGCUCUGGUAGUUAAUUCUACUCACCUGGUGUCCCAGGUCUGCAUCAGUCUCUGAUUAGAAGAAAAGUGUUUGGGCCCUCCAGGACCAGGAUGGAACAUCCCUGUGUCUCUACUGAAGCUGUGUGGUGGGUGGAGACAGUUAGUCCUUGUGGUGCUCAUGGGUAAUCUGCCAGCAGGCCCAUUGUUACUGCGCAGCAUGAUGCAUUGUUGUGAAACAUGUCCUUUUCAUUACAUGAAUGUUCUCUUUGUCUUCCAUUGGUUGUAUGUGAGAUGCACACCGCUCUAACCCACGUUAGGCCAGUAGCCAACAUGACUUUGUUUUGUGCCGAGGUCCUAAGAGAACGACGACAAUACAAUCAGUGCUGCUAGUUCUGGUAGCACCCUGCUAGCUCUGGGACCCAAAACCAACGCUCUAACUUCAUUUUACAUUUUAGUCAUUUAGCAGACGCUCUUAUCCAGAGCGACUUACAGUGAGUGAGUGCAUACAUUUUUCAUACUAGCCCCCCCGUGGGAAUCGAACCCACAAUCCUGGCGUUGCAAGUGCCAUGCUCUACCAACUGAGCUACAGGAGGCCUUCAUGACCAGUGAUAGGAUCUUAUUGGUUGAAGCAAUGUAGCACAGACCUAUCCCGUCCUCUCUUCCUCUCUCUCUCUCAGCCAAUCAGAGCCAGGCUCUUUGUGAGCUGUAA